ACGUUUUUUUUUUACGUCUGCAACGUAAGUAAGUAACGACUGUCUGUGAGUGUCUGUCUGUCUGUCUGUGGCACCAAACAGCGAACGGCUCGGUUUUGCCUGACCUGAAAUAUGCCACAUUCACACAGGAUCGACAUGUGUCACCAAACUAGAAAUGGCAAUCUUCCCGCAGCCUGACUGAGUAAGCUAGCCAGCCACUUGGCUACCUCCUAGCCCAGGUUAGCUGAGUGCAGUCGGCGCAUCACAAACCAACCAGCAGCUACCGAGAGAAGAUGGCGGAGUACUCGCCUGUCCUGCCGAUGAGGGAUGGUGGAGCGAGGUUUGGUAUCGGACAGCCCAUCUUUCCCCGGUCCCGGUCCGGUUCAGAAUCCGAUAGUGAACUGUCUCAGAGUCUGGCCCGAACCAAGAUCCGGUCUUACGGGAGUACGGCUAGCGUCGCGGCUUCUCUCGGCGAGAAAUACAUAGAGCAUCGGGUCACAGACAGCGACACUUUGCAGGGCAUAGCCCUCAAAUACGAAGUAACGAUGGAGCAGAUCAAGAGGACUAACAAGCUGUUCAGUAACGACUGUAUCUUCCUGCGUAACACCCUCAACAUCCCUGUGGUCUCAGAGACCUCUCCCUUCAACGGCCUGUCUCUAGAGUCCCCCGACGGAGAUCCCCAGCACCAGGACUUCCACCCCCUGUGUGUGGGGCAGGACAGGGACACUGAGGAGGGCCCCUCGCCGCCUCCGGCCCCUGGCCCUGGGGAAAAGGACAGUAGUAGUUAUAAACGGCCCCAGCCAGAAGAGCUGUCGGCUCAAGACUUCCUGCACAGACUGGACUUGCAGAUUAAACAGUCUAAGCAGGCAGCACGCAGGCUCAAAGAAGAGGAAGUGAGGGACAGUGAAGAGGAAUACACACUUCCUGUUUCAUCAUACCAGGAGAUCUAAAGGACACACUUGUUUACCUGAAGCCCUGAUUAACACCCAUCUACCCACAAGUCCACCCAUCACUCCUUCCUACCUUUCCCUUCCUGUAUCUCUCUUUUACCAAACCAUGACACUGGACGUCAUGUCUAAGUGUUUGAACUGAGGAUUCAUCCUUUGCCUUUUUAAUAUUAGUAUCAUUAUCAUACGUUGUAUUAUUAGUAUUCUUCUGGUUUUGUACUGUUCAACUGCUGUCAAUCAUCUGAACAGCAGGUAGUCUGUUACUAUGACACUCAUCCACUCACUACAAGUCUACAUGCUGCUGCUGUACAGAAUAACCCUCUGGUCUGUGUUUACCACACACACACAUACAUACACACAGGUGUGACUCUGAUGAUCCAAUCCCUCCUAGAAUAGCAUCAGUCCACUAGAUGGAUGGAUGGAUAGAUAGAUAGAUGGAGAAGCCUCCAGUAUUACCUCCUCUUCCUCCUCCUACUCCUCCUCCUCUCCUCUCUUCUUCCUCCUCUUUUCCUCCUCCUCUUCCUCUCCUUCUCCUUUCUUCCUCCUCCUCUCCUCCUCUCUUCUUCCUCCUCUCCUCCUCCUCCUCCGUGUUUGAAACUAGGCUGCGUCCAUAAAUGCAGCCUAUUUAUACCCCACAUUUUAUUUUUUUUAUUUUUUUUUACCUUUAUUUAACUAGGCAAGUCAGUUAAGAACAAAUUCUUAUUUUCAAUGACGGCCUAGGAACAGUGGGUUAACUGCCUGUUCAGGGGCAGAACGACAGAUUUGUACCUUGUCAGCUCGGGGAUUUGAACUUGCAACCUUCCGGUUACUAGUCCAACACUCUAACCACUAGGCUACGCUGCCGCCCCUUGGGUGCAUCCCAAAUGGCUCCCUAUUCCCUAUGUAGUGCACUACUUUUGACCAGGGCCCGUAGGGUUCACUACUUUUGACCAGGGCCCGUAGGGUUCACUACUUUUGACCAGGGCCCGUAGGGUUCACUACUUUUGACCAGGGCCCGUAGGGUUCACUACUUUUGACCAGGGCCCGUAGGGUUCACUACUUUUGACCGGGGCCCGUAGGGUUCACUACUUUUGACCAGGGCCCGUAGGGUUUUGGUCAAGAGUAGUAUAUAACAUAGACAAUGGGGUGCCAUUUUGGAUGUAUCCCUCGACUGAAUUCUCACCAGAAGCUGUGGAUGGGAGGGGUGGUGAAGCUGUGGAUGGGAGGGGUGGUG